AUGGCAGCAGCUUAUGCAACUCUACUUUCUGCUAUGAAUAUCAUAAACAACCUUCACCAUCAUCCUACCCCUCCUAUUUCUCUCCCCAUCCAACAAUUUGAAUCUCUCACUCAAAAGAUUAAUUUCCUGCUCCAAUUUCUCCAAGCCUAUAAUCCCCAUCGUGACUACUCCAAAGAAGCGGAUCCAUUGGAGUGUCGCAUUGCAGAUGCAGCUUAUGCGGCCGAACACGCCAUUGAAUCUCAUAUUUUCAAAAAGUUCACAAAUAAUGGAGAAAAUAUGAGUUCUCUUGGCUUGUAUGAAGCUCUGGAGAAGGUGAUAAAAGACAUGGCUUCUAUCGAAGAGGAGGCCAAGCAAAUUCAAGCGAGAGUUGGAGCCCAACAUCAACUGGACACAAAGUCAACGCCUUCAGAUUCGUCGAGAUCUUCUUCGAUCCCGCAGCAGAGUAUCAUGGUGGGUGCUGAUGAUGUCAAGCUUCAACUAAUGGAUAAGCUCACUUCUGAUGGCCUUCAUCUACAGAUCAUUCCCAUUGUAGGGAUGGGCGGCUCCGGUAAGACCACUCUUGCUAGAACUGUUUAUGAAGAACGCCUUAUUAAGGAGCAUUUUGAUAUUUGUGGGUGGGCUACCAUCUCUCAAGAAUAUGUCAUUAGAGAAAUUUUUGCAGCAGUUCUUCGUCAUUUAAAUGUUAGAGUUGAUGACGAUUUGAGUGAGCAUGAAUUAGGAGAAAAGUUGUAUAAACAUCUCUAUGGUAGAAAAUACCUAAUUAUAAUGGAUGAUAUGUGGAGCAUUCACCCAUGGGAUAGAGUUAGGAAAAAUUUUCCGGAUAACAAAAAUGGUAGCAGAAUAGUGGUAACAACUAGGCUAUCAGAUUUGGCUUCUACAUUAUCCAACUCUAAUAGCCUUGGGAUGGAACUUUUGGAUGAGGCUGAAAGUUGGGAGCUUCUCUCCAAAACUGUGUUUGGGGAAGAAGGUUGCCCACUUGAAUUAGAGGAAAUCGGAAAAAAGAUUGGAAAAAGCUGCAAAGGACUUCCAUUGUCAAUUGUUGUGGUGGGAGGCCUUUUGGCCAAGUCUAAGCAUACAAGAGAGUAUUGGAAAGAAAUAGGCGAAAACUUGAAUGCAAGUGUUGUUAAUUUAGAGAAUGAUGAGCGUUGCUUGAAAAUACUAUACAUGAGUUACAAGCAAUUGCCGAUACAUUUGAAACCAUGUUUUCUCUAUAUGGGAGUUUUUCCCGAAGAUGAAGAGAUUAGUACGUCAGAGCUCAGUAGAUAUUGGAUUGCGGAAGGAUUUGUGAAAGUAGUAAGUGAGAAAAGCUUGGAAGAGAUGGCAGAAGAGUAUUUAAAAGACCUUAUUCGUAGAAAUCUUGUUUUUAGUCAUGAGUUGGUUAGUAUUGGGGACAUAAAAAAGUGCAAAAUUCAUGACUUGUUGAGAGACUUGUGCUUGAGAGAAGCUGAAAAAGAAGAGAUGUUUUAUAAUACCGCAUCAGAAAAUGUAGUCAUAAGAGUCUUGCCGCCUAUGUCACAAGCUCGUUCUUUGACGUGGAAUGUUCGAAGAAAACUAUUACCUCUCAAUAUGAGCUUGGCGAGGAUAGUGAAAAUAAUUACAAACAAGAAAUUGGUCGAUGAUGAACUAUUUGGACACAUGGAUCAAUUAGUUAACUCACGCUUCCUUCAAAUAAGUUGUUCUGCAAUAGGAGAGCGGAAUCUUCCUUGUUCAAUAUGGCGAUUUUGGAAUCUACAAACACUAAUUGUUAACACCAGCCAUGAGAUUACUGCACCGACUGAUUUUUGGUACAUGCCUCACAUCAGACAUGUUGAGUUCAAGGAUGGGCUUCGUCUCCCAGAUCCUUCUAACGACCAAGAUAACAUUGUUUUGGGAAAUCUGCAAAGCCUGAGGACAGUACUAGGUUUCAAGUGUAGCGAACAAUUGGUCAAAAAAAUUCCCAACAUAAAAGAAUUGGUUUUUUGGAAUGGGGAGCAGCGUGAUGAUGAGAUGCAUUCUUUGAGCAAUCUCUAUUGUCUAACUAAACUUGAGUCAUUGGAUUGCACUUUUUUUGGAAAUUGUGUGAUCAACUUUCCCCAUUCGCUCAAGAGUUUAGUUCUUCGUCACAGCAGCAGCUCGAGUUAUUGUUGGGGAGACAUGUUGGAUAAGGUAGGUGUGUUGCCCCAUCUUCAGAAGCUCACACUCUGGUGGGGGAGGUUCGAUGAAGGGAAGUGGGAAACAACUGAAGGCCAAUUUCGCAGCCUCAAAUUCUUGACUCUUAAGGAUUGCAGUAAUCUAGAAAUCUGGGAAAUUGAAAGCUCCUACUUUCCAUGCCUUGAGCGCCUUCAUCUUAUUCGACUACAUUGCUUGCGGGAAAUCCCUUUAGAUUUUGCAGAAAUACCCACACUUAGAGAAAUCUGUGUGAACGGUUGCAGCGAUUCGUCUGUGGUUUCAGCUAAAAGAAUAUCAGAGGAACACGAGGAUUAUUACGGGGAAGGAGCCCUUCAAGUUCGCGUUCAACUCUGGAGAAAGAACAUCGCAGCAGAAAUGGAGAGCUUGGAUAGUCCUAACUUUUGUGUUGAACGUGUCAACUACUUUUCAUUUGUAAUAUAG